AUUAAUGAGGGUAGGGUAAUUAAAAGGGCGGGGUUAUUUAGAGAAAUUAAGGUAAUUAUAAUUAACGCAGUCAUUAUAAGGGUAAUUAUAAUGGAAGAAGUGAUUUAAAGGGGCAACGCCAAAGGUGGGCCCCACCCAUAGACCCACCCCCCCCAUUGGUGCCGUUGCCCUUUUAAGAGCCGCCCCCCCACGCGGCGCUGACCUUUAGCUAAAAAUAACCCCGCGGGGGGAGGGGCGGGGGGCGCGGCUGUGACGUCAUCGCGUGACCUCGGGUGACCCCUCUGGGUUUGGAGGCGUGGCCUGAGUUUUAGUGGGCGUGGCUUAAAUUAAGGGGGCGUGGUUUAAAUUAAAGGGGGCGUGGCUUAGAUGAAGGGGGCGUGGCCUCCGCAGGGGCCCAGAACGGAGCCCCAGGGCAGAGCAAGCGGACCCCAAUUAACGGCCCCUCAUUAACCUCCUAAUUAAUUAAUUAACCUCCCCUUCAUUAAUUAACCCUCCAUUCAUUAGCCUCGGUUUGACUCUCAUUAACCCCUCAAUUAACGCCCCCUUAAUUAACGCAGAGCAGCCCAUUAAUUAACCCGGAGUAGCCAAUUAAUUAAUUAACCUCCUAAUUAAUUAAUUAACGCUCUAAUUAAUGGCCCAUAAUUAAUGACCCCAUAAUUAACUCAAUGAUUCCCUUAAUUAAGGCUCCCUUAGUUGCACUAAUUACCCCCGUCAUUACCCUCUAAUCACCCCUUCCUCAUUAACCCCAUUAAUUAAUCCCCCCAUUAAUUAAUUACCCCAUUAAUUAAUUCCCCCCACUAAUUAACAACCCCAUAACCACCCCAUUAAUUAAUUAAAACCCCCUAUUAAUUACCCCAAUCAUUGCCUUCUCAUUACCCCCAUUGGCUCCCUCAUUCACUGCCCCCCCCUUCAUUAACAUCACCCUUAAUUAGCCCUUAAUUAACUCCUAUUAAUUAACACCGCUAAUUAACACUCUUAAUUGCCCCUCCCCCCCCCAAACAGCCCCGCCCCCCCCGGGAUCUGCCCAACCCGGGGGGGUCGCGGCGCUGCUAAUUAACCCCAUUAAGUAAUUAACCCCAUUAAUUAAUUACCCCCUAUUAAUUACCCCUUAAUUAACCCUCUAAUUACCCCCUCCCAUUAACUCUUUAUUCCCUUAUCAACCCCUAAUAUUGAACUACCUACUAAUUACUCUCCAUUAAUUAACUCCCCCCCCCAGUUAAUUAAUCCCUAUUAACAACCGGAUCUAUUAAUUAGCGCUAAUUAAUCCCCCCUCGUUAAUUAAUUAACCCCACGAUGCCGAGUGGAUUCCAGCAGAUCCAGAAUGAGGAGGAGGACUCUGACGCUCCGCCCCCCCCCGGGCUGACCCCCACCCUGGCCAUGGCUGUGGGGACGGCGGCUUUGGGGUCACUGCAGGUCGGAUACCACGUGGGGGUCAUCAAUGCACCCCAAAAGGUCCUGGAAGCUGAAUACAACCAGACGUGGACGCAGCGCUGGGGGGAGCCGCCCCCCCCCGCGGCCGUGCCCACCCUGUGGGCGCUGUCGGUCGCCAUCUUCUCCGUGGGGGGGAUGGUGGCGUCGCUGGGGGUCGGGAUGGUGGCUGAGAGACUCGGAAGGAAGCACGCCAUGAUCGCCACCAACGCCCUGGCCUUUGUGGGCGGGGCCAUGAUGAGCGCCGCCAAGUGGGGCCCAUCCUACAUCCUCAUCAUCAUUGGUCGGUUCCUGCUCGGCGCCUACUCAGGGCUGGUCUCAGGGCUGGUGCCCAUGUAUGUGGGGGAGAUCGCCCCCACCCGCCUGCGGGGGGCUCUGGGGACCCUGCACCAAUUGGCCGUCGUCAUCGGCAUCCUGGGGGCACAGGUGCUGGGUCUGGGUGCACUGUUGGGCACCGCACAGCGCUGGCCGCUGCUGCUGGGAAUGGGGCUGUGCCCCGCGGCCCUACAGGCCCUAUUGCUGCCCCGCUGCCCCGAGAGCCCCCGAUUCCUCCUGGGGACCGAACGUCGUGGGGCCGCCAUGCACGGUAUCAGCUUCAACACCCUAUUGGGCCACACACCCCAUAACCCCGUCCCCUUACACAACCCUCGCCCUCCUAUUGGUCCCCACAUCCCAUAA